GUUGAACACGCGUACUGGACGCCCACCGCAGGUCAGCAUGGCACCCAGGAGACUUGAGACGACUGGUCGGCCGAGGCAUAAGAGUGUUGGUAUCCCUUCUGGAGUCCCCAGUAUUCCCCAUCUCUGAAUCGGCCCAAUCCAUGCGAUCAACCCACCUCGUGGGCCACAAUAGUACAGUACACCAGCACCUCACAGCCCCAAGCUCCACACCCCUUCUCCUUUUGUUUGAACAACUAACAAAAAUAUCUAGCUCCACCAAGACUGGGUGCAUUUUCCAACCGCUUCCCAUCUUUCCAGUUUCUUUUUUAUCUUUUCCCCCUUCCAUUGGCCUUAAUCCCCAUGCCCGAUAGGCUCUUACGUUCCCGUCCUUGGCCACGCCAGAGAUCGCUUGACGUCCGGACCUUGGCAUUACUGCCACUCAGACGCUGACCCGGUUUCGAUAUCACAAACCCACCGAGGGAGUGGGUACAAUCUGUUUCGAUCCGUCGCCCAUUCAUUGACUGCAAAGCAGCCACGAAAUCUUCUGAAAUCCGUGAGAGUAAAACGAGGCCUCUGAAAUUAGGGGUGGUGCGUAUCCCAGCCGGCCGGGCCAUCAACAGGGACCUCAGGACGAAUGACCGGGACCAUGGCCGCCACGUGCACAAGGAUACUACAUCUCUUGGCCACCACCCUGCUAUUUUCCGCACCGUCUACCGCCCAUGGCAUAUUGGAGUCGCCGAACCUCUACGACUGGGGCUUCUACGGCCUAUAUCCGAAAACCCGGUUUAAGUCCUACGAGCUCGCUGCACCCCGGCUCAACUUCCUCAAGUGGGACGAGCAGUGUGACGAUGGCUACUAUCUUGUGUCCCCUCGAGGGAGCACUGUCAACUCGCCCGCCCCGGUAAUACUCGACGGAAGGGGAAACCUGGUGUGGACAACAGAGGGAAGCACUUUCGGAAAGGGCCGCGGCGUUACAGACUUCAAGGUCCAGAUGUACAAGGGCAAGCCGCAUCUGACAUUAUGGGGCGGUGUUGAUGGGGUGCAUCACCGCUAUGGCGCAGGAUGCUAUUUUAUUCUCGAUGAAACAUACCAAGUUGUCAAGACUGUUGAGGCUGUCGAAACCAGGGGCCAAGGGCUGCGAGGCGAUUUGCAUGAAUUUCACAUAACAGAGGAAAACACUGGCCUUAUGACCAUCUACUAUCCCCAGCCCCUCGAUCUUUCUCCAAUCGGUGGUCCUGUGGAUGGCUGGGUGCUGGACAGUAUCUUCCAAGAAAUCGACCUUGAGACAGGCCAGUUGAUAUUUGAAUGGCGGGCUUCCGAGCACAUCCCAAUCGACAUGACGAUGAGAUCCUACAUCGGCAGCGACUUGGGCCUCUACCCCGUCAACGGCUUCGACUAUGUCCACAUCAAUAGUGUUGACAAGGACCACCAGGGCAACUACAUCAUCUCGAACAGGCACACCCACACGGUGAUGUGUAUCAGCCCGGCCGGCGAGACACUCUGGAUCCUCGGCGGCAAACACAACCAAUUCGAGGACCUCUCCGACGGCCGCGCGACAGACUUCACCUGGCAGCACCACGCGAGGUGGCAUAGGACCAGUAGGCUGAGCCUCUUCGACAACGCAAAGUCGACCAACGGCGGCGAGAGGCACAUCGGCGACCACAGCCGCGGGAUGAUGCUGGAGCUAGACACCGAGGCGAUGACGGCGACGCUGCUGCACGACUACUACGACCCGGCGCACCCGAAGCUGUCAGAGAGCCAGGGAUCGACGCAGGUGCUCAACGACACCGGCAAUGUGGUUGUGGACUACGGCUUUCUGCCCGCCCUGACCGAGUUCUCGCCCGAGGGCGACGUCCUCUGCGACAUCCGCAUCGCCCCCUGGCUCAUCUGGCAGACGGGCAUGGUCACGAGCUACCGCGGCUUCAAGACCACGCGCUGGGUCGGCCGGCCGUGGUACGCUCCCGCCGUGUCCCUGGAUCCGGGCGAGGGUGUACUUUAUGUCAGCUGGAACGGAGCCACGGAGGUUGACAGCUGGGUGCUGCAGGGCGCGGGAUGGGCUGGCGUACAGCGGGAUGAGUACGUGGACCUCAAGGUGCAAAAGAAGGAUGGCUUCGAGGCCGGUUUUGAGAUGGUGGGCGAGUAUCCGCGGUACGUCCGCGUCGCAGCACUUGACCGCGAUGGUGUGGUUCUGAAGACCUCCGACGUGCUGGAUCGAUAUGUGGGGAACGCUGCGGCGUCCCCUGGGCUGCUGUAUCGAUUCUUGGUGGCGGUCGGUGCCAUGCUGGGCGUCGUACUUGUUGCGGCGCUCAUCUUCCGGGAGAGGCUUCGCAGUGCUUGGACUCAAAGGUUCCCGGGUGAGUCUGUGAUCUCCGUUGUCUGCGGUGUGGUCCAAGCUGUGAGGAAGCGGAGCGGAGUGUGGAGGGGCGGUGGAAGGGACGGGUUGAUAUACGAUGAGUUGAAGUCGUAUGAAGAAUAG